UCUGAGCGGAGGAAGUGGAAUGAGGCUGGUUAAUUAGGAGAAGCAGGCUGUAUCCCCGACGGGGGGAGAGCAGCGAGCCGCUCCGUCUCUAUCUCUUUAAGAGCCCUGUGAGUGUGUGUGUGUGUGUGUGUGUGUGUGUGUGUGUGUGGGGGAGGGGUAUUGGCUGGGGUGGAACAGUCCUGUAAUGAGCAGAUUUUAGAGCGAGCGAGAGAGAGAGAGAGAGAGAGAGAGGCCGAAAAACAAGAGAGGACAGAUGACUUGGUGGAAUCGGGAUACAACAACAAUCCAGAUUUUUGGGGGGCGAGCGCUGAACCCGAGAAGGACAAAGGCAGAGCGAGAGGAAUAAUUCAUCAUUUCCACAUCCUGGUCUCCGGCAGGGAGGCUGAUCGCCAGGUCGUCGGCGGACGGAGCGGCAGCCGAGGACGAGGACGGAUUCGCCCUCCGUGAUGUCGGCUGGAGGCUGAGGCUGAGGCUGCCUCCACGGACCAGUGUCUCCGAGCCUCCUGUUUCCACAGGCCAACCGCUCUGGAUUUCUAUUUCAUUUAAUGGCGUACCAGUGCAGCAGCAGCAGCAGCAUCCUCCUCCUCCUCCUCCUCCCGUCUCCCCGUCUGUGUGCCGGCGCUGCAGCGGAUGCUCUGAUGUCUGACUGAGCCGAGCUCGGUCGCCGCAGCCGAAACGCCGCCGCCACCGGCCGCCGCUCUGUGGGCCUCUGGGACCGCUGGGAAAAGCCUAGGCCUCGCUCGUCUGGAGCGCCCCGCUGCACCGGGCCGAGGCUGACGGGCCGACGGGCUGGCGGGCUGCGCGGAGCAGGGAGGUGGAGGAGGAAGUGGAGGAGGAGGAGGAGGAGGAUGAGAAGCACUCUGAGCCCGCGCGCCCGUGGGAAGCAGCACGCACAGCCCCAGACCCGUCGCUGAGGCUCAGGCUGCUCCUCCAUCGCGAGGCGGUGCUCUUCGGCCCGCGUCCUGCUGCAUCGUAGACCCUGGGGGUGGUGUUCUACAUCCUAAAGCUAGGCGGAGAGAGGGAGAGGCGAGGCCCUGCACCUCCACGCUGCCGGGCUUCAAACGGGGCCUCCUCCCUGUUUUGCUCCUCCUGAGCGAACCGCACACUUGUUUCUUUCCGUUUCGAGACGUUCUAAGGAUUUGCCGGAACCUGUUUCAUGCAUGUCCACUGGAGGCAGGUUUGACUUUGAUGACGGGGGGUCGUACUGCGGGGGGUGGGAGCAGGGUAAAGCCCAUGGGCGAGGGGUCUGCACGGGGCCCCAGGGUCAGGGCGAGUACGCCGGCGCCUGGAGCCACGGCUUCGAGGUCCUGGGCGUGUACACGUGGCCCAGCGGGAACAGCUACCAGGGCACCUGGGCGCAGGGCAAGCGCCACGGCGUCGGGGUGGAGAACAAGGGCCGAUGGGAGUACAGAGGGGAGUGGACGCAGGGGUUCAAAGGUCGCUACGGGCAGCUGGAGAGCACGGCGAGCGGGGCCCGGUACGAGGGGACGUGGAGCAACGGGCUGCAGGACGGAUACGGCACGGAAACCUACUCGGAUGGAGGAACCUACCAGGGCCAGUGGUUGGCCGGGAUGCGUCACGGCUACGGCGUGCGGCAGAGCGUGCCGUACGGCAUGGCGGCCGUCAUUCUCUUCCCCCUGCGAACGUCCAUAAACUCCCUCCGCUCCGAGCACAGCCACGGCCCCCCCGCUGUGCCGGAGGACGCCGCCGCCGCCGCCGCCACGCCGCCGGACGGGGCGGCGGGCGGUCUGGCCGGGAGCCCCGUGGGCCGGGGGGGGUUCGCCCUGACGGCGCCCAGCGAAGCCGAGCGGCAGAGGAAGAGGAAGGGCCGCUUCCGGCAGUCCAUCCUGAGCGGCCUGAAGCUGCGGCGCUCCGAGUCCAAGAGCUCGCUGGCCAGCCAGCUCAGCAAGCAGAGCUCCUUCUGCAGCGAGGCGGGCAUGAGCACCGUCAGCUCCGCCGCCUCCGACGUCCACUCCAACGCCAGCGAGAGCGAACCGGGCGCCCCCGUGGACGCCACCGUCACCGAGACGUACGCCGGCGAGUGGCGGAGCGACCAGAGGGCCGGCUGGGGCGUCAGCCGGCGCUCGGACGGCCUGCGCUACGAGGGGGAGUGGGCGGGCAACAAGAGGCACGGCUACGGGUGCACCACCUUCCCCGACGGCACCAAGGAGGAGGGCAAGUACAAGCAGAACGCGCUGGUGAGCGGGAAGCGCAAGAACCUGAUCCCCCUGAGGGCCAGCAAGAUCCGGGAGAAGGUGGACCGGGCCGUGGAGGCCGCGGAGAAGGCCGCGGACAUCUCCAAGCAGAAGGCGGAGAUCGCCAUGUCGAGGAUGAGCCACGCCCGCGGGAAGGCGGAGGCCGCUGAAGGAGUAGCGCUGAAGGCCACGGAGGAGUGCCGACUGGCCCGCAUCGCCGCCAAGGAGCUCUCGCCCUCCUUCCACAUCUACGGGAACGGGCUCGAGUGCCAGAGGCCCGAGCACCAGGACGCCAAGGGCAAAGACCACGAGGUGAUCUCCACGGGAACCGACAGUCCGGAGCUCUGCACGCCGGACACCACGCCGCCCGCGAUGACACCCGACCUCAGCCCCGUGCUGAGCGCGCCCACCUCGCCCCCCCGCAGCCCGUCCAGGCACGCCCACCGCCCCAGAAACGCCUGCUUCAUGCGGCAGACCGCCGUGGACGAUCAGGGCGGCGCCGAGAUCCAGGUGCUGGUGGAGGGGCGGGGCGUGGAUGUGUCGAGGGGCGGGCCUAACAACUGGACCGGCGACAUGUAUCCGGAGCGCGGGGGCGGCAGCCGCUCCGGGACACCCUCCCUCCUGGAGGAGCGGGAGGGGCAGAUCAACGGCCACGAGCAGGCCCCCUCGUCCAACCACAGGCCCCGGGAGAAAUCGGCGUCCAAUCACAAGUCCAGGGAGCACGCCUCCUCCUACAGAGCGUGGGAGCACUCCUUCUCCAACCAAAAGCCCUCCAAGCAAGCCUCCUCCAGUCACAAGUCCAGGGAGUACUCCUCCUCCAACCACAAGACAUGGGAUCAUUCUUCCACCAAUCACAAGGCCUGCGAGCACGCCUCUUCCAACUACAAGCCGCAGGUGCACACUUUGUCCAAUCACAAGGCCCUGGAACAUAACGCGUCCAAUCACGAGACUCCUGAGCAUGCUUCUUCCAAUUACAAGCCACAAGAUUAUAUCUCCUCCAAUCACAACGCAAAGGACCACGUCCCGUCCAGCUACAACCCCCGAGAGCACCUCUUCUCCAACCACCAUCCGAAGCAGCACAACCCCUCAAACCACAAGGCCGGCGAGCACGCCGCCGUGGACCAGAGGCCGGAGGGCGCCCCCGGGGGCUGGACCGCUGAAAGCACCCUCAGGUGGAGCCCCGCCCACUCGCGCCUCACGGAGCAGGACGAGGAGAGAAUGAGCGACUACACGGUGGACAUGAGGCUUCAGUGUCCGGACUCGCAGGCGUCUCGGGGGCUGGGCCCGGAGUCCCCGCCCCCCAAGAACAACCGCGUGCGAGCCCGGGCCCUCCGGCCCGUCAGAGAGGGAUCCAUGGACUCUGUACAGAUGCUGGACAACCUGAAUGUGGGGGCGGAGCUGGAGGAGUGGCCUCUGCACAGGGACCUCACCUUGUCCCCGCCCCUCAAGUCUCAGCCCAUCACGCUGGAGCAGGAAGGAGAGCUUCUGGCCCUCAAAUCAAACUCAGGCUCCAGCUCUGUCCUGGUGGUCAUGGUCAUUUUACUCAACAUUGGAGUAGCCAUUCUUUUCAUUCACUUCUUUAUUUAAGCUUAUACAGGUAUGAUUGACUAAGACUUAUUGAUAACUACAGUAUAUUAUAUAUUAUUACUUACUGAGACGGACAUUCUGCCGGUUGGAGCCCAUCGGAGAAACUUUCUACUGUUAAAGCCCCCCCCUCACCCCCCGAUGCUAUACGCUUUUCCAGCUUUGCGACCGUAGAAGAGAAGAGUAAGACAACAUUUAAGUGAAGAAGAGUUUGCACCGUCAGCCGGGCUGAAGGCGGCUCGGCCCAGUUUCCCAUCAUUCUAGACAAGAAAAUAUAGCAACCCCCGUGUCCUGGUCCCAUGGGCCCCAGGCUGACCAGGAGCACGGCACACACUCCUCCCUAAACCCCACGGACAAUACCCCCCCCUCCGAUCCACACGCCCCCAAACCCUAAUCGCACUAUGCGCCACAUACAGAACUAUGCUGCAAGAGUAGAUCCAUUUUAAAGGGCUCCACCAUUAUUGUGUUCUUUAUUCCACUACGAGCUGCACACACAACCGUUGCAUGAGGCUGUGUGGGGCUUCUGAAAAGUGCAUUUUCUAUCCCUUUAACAUCACUGUCCACGGUUGUCACUUCCUGUCGCACUAGGAUGAGUGUGUGAGUGUGUGUGUGUGUGUGUGUGUGCGUGUGCGCGUGUGUGUCGGCAGACAUUUGGAAGAAAAAGAAGACAAAAAAAACGCUCCACCACUUCACGUCCAAUCGAAAAAUCACAGGAUCUGACCGAAUCAGAUUCAGCAGCGACCAACACCACCCGUGAGUGGAAAAACCUCCAGGAACUCCCCUGAAUUUAUUGUUAAGUGAAACACGUUCGCACGCAAAAUUACCUUUUUAAACGAAAAAGAACAAAAAAAAAGCCUACACAUUUAACCGCUGACAUACUGGGGAGGGUUCGGCUCCUUUGUACAGCCUUGAGACUGUUACGUUAUAACCACUAAUUCUACUAUAUACGCGUAUGUGUCAUUAUUAUUCAAGUUUGUUACUUUUCGGCAGUUUGCAAGACAGAGAGAAUGCCGAGUGCCUCGUAUUUAUUCAUUUCACGUCGCAAAAACUCCCCCCGACCCCCCCCCAGCUAAAUAACAACCCCCAGGCCAAGAGGAGCCGAGUAACCUUCAACAUUAAGAAAGGUGAACCCCCCCCCCCCCUCCCUCCUGUUCCUCAACACUGGUGUCCCCCCCCCCAACACACACAAACCUCCCUUCCACCCUGAAAUGGCAUGCACUGUUUUGUCUCUCUCAAGUCGAGUCAAGAAGGGGGAAACUGGGGUUUCUACGGUGUCAUUUCCAGACACGUUUUUUUUUUUUUGGGGGGGGGCGGAUGAGAUUUUUUUUCCGCAUGUUUGUUCAGCCUGCUCAAUCUGGUGUCAGUUUGUGAGUUUCCUCUCCCUCCCGUCUCGUUUAAAUCCAGCAACACGAGGCCACGUGAGCCGUGGGGAGCGGUGUAAAAUAAACGCUAGCUUUUAAAAACUCUCAGUGGAUUACCGAAAACGUCUAAAGAAUGAUAUAAAAAGAAACUCUCUGCUACUGUAUGUUUUAUACUUCGCACCCAGUGGCAUCAUCAUGUUGUGACAUCAUUGCAUGCCCGAGCAUGCUCUUUCUUACUCUUUGGUUUAUGAGGUUGUUUCGAAGUUAAUGUGGAGAAAAUAAUGAAAUGUUUGAAAAGAA